UUGCAGGACGGUCGGUUACGGGCACGUGCUCGUGGGAGGCGUUACAACGAGGACAGCGAGGAGGACUCGCCGGCCGCCAUCAGCAAGCGCCUGCUGCACCACCACCAGCGCAUGCUGCAGCUGCACCAGCGCCGCCACCGCCACGCCAUGCAGAGCGCGAGUACGACGGCGGCGCACACGAGCGACCACAACUACUUCAACGGACACGCGCACGCCGCACACGCCGCGCACAACGGACACGUGUCGGCGGUGUCCGGGGGGUCGAGGGGCUCGGCGGCUUCUGGAGGGCCGGUGUCCAUAUCGUCCAGAGGUCGAGUGCGCAAACUUACGGCGAAAGCACGUGGUCUAUUGCGACACUGA